GCCAUGCCGUGAUAUGGAAAAAUCCCAAGACCUAAGCAGUAAUUAUGGAUCUGAAUUAACGUGGCGGAUAGUUUGAGUUAAAGACCUAAAACAGGAACUUAUAUAAAGACUUGCGUCUUAAGAGUUGAUCUGUGAGUAAGGAGCUCACUGAAUGGGGUGUUGAGAAAGAGAUUAGGCACAGGUUGUACAUUCACGCUCUGAGUAUGUUUGGUUACUUUGUUUACUAAGAUUUAAGUCUCUAGGAUAUUGCUUAGUAAAAUGGCCAAGAACGCUGUAAGCAGACCCUGCCCCGGAUCUGUAUCUUGGAACACACUGGAGUAUUGUUAAUACCGAUUAGAAGAUAUACGUUUAAGUGAAGUUGCCGUUGAAAUGUCAAGAGAAAACCCCAUGCAGCUUUUAACCUACCCUGACAGGGGACAGUCAUUUUUGCCAGCAAUCCCUGCCGCUCGAGUGGAAGUGUUAGAAGACAGGCUAUUUAACCAGGAGAAGACCACUUCCAUGCUUUUGGAGCAGGCUUUCAAGAUAAAGGAAGAUGUUUCAAGUUUGCGUGGAAACCGUGGGAGUCAGUGGGAUGCUAUGGCACAACGCCUACUUGAAAACCACAUGCAGACCAUCACACAAAUAGUCAAGCAGCUUAGCAAAGAUAUCGAGGCUUUGGAAAGUCAGAUCCACACCAGAGAUAAUGUGAGUACUGGAACAAGCUUUGCUGUACAAAGUCUGGACAAAAAACAGCUCCAUGGAAUCGGUGAUCUACGUGGUCGAGUGGCAAGGUGUGAUGCCAGCAUAGCAAAACUAUCCGGAGAUCUGGCCGUCACUAAACACGAGCUGCGAGCCCAAGAGAAGGAAGUCCAAAGCAUCACGGCUGCGUUAGAAGCCCAUAUGAAGGAGAUCGAUGUUAAGGUAAUGCAGCUAUUAGGAAGAAUGGAAACGUCCAUUUCUGAACAAAGCAGCAAAGUAAAGAGUGCCCAAGGGAAGCAGCACCACGAGUUCCAACUUCUAGAAAUCAAAAUUGGAGGUCUAGUUAAAGACAUAGAAGACCAAAUCCUAAAUCAGCGGAGGUGGACAGAAUCUCAGCUACAAAGGUCUGAUCAAGAGCAGGCUCAACAUAUAGAAAAGCUCCUUAAUUCUGUGAGAGAGAAAAUGGAUGCGACAGACAACAGGUUUCAAGAGAACUUACAUCAUCUUACUGAAAAAUUAGACAACAAGGGUCAAAUUCAUAAACUUGAAUCUAAACUGAACAGGCUAAAACACGCAGAGGACAAAAUGAGCGCAAGAAUGAGCAAAAUGGAAGCAGAAAUCUGGGAUGAGUUGCAGAAUAUAAAAAGUGAAUACAGAGCAGGAUUUCAAGCAAUACAGGAGUCUCUAAAUUCCCUCCAGCAAAUACAAGAGACAAAGGUGAAAUUAGAGUCCAAGAAAGUCCAGAAAGACAUCAAGCAGAUCAGACGCAAGAUUGUUGAGCUGAAGGAUGUUUGAGAUUGUCCGACAGUUUCAUUUAGAACUGCUGGUGCAUUAAAUUACACGAGAGAAACGGAAUAGACUAAAUAAUAAUCCAGAUCAAUAUACGUAUACAAUUUCUUUGACAAAAAAAGUAUAGGAAGAUUAUGUCCAGGCUGGAGAUGAUCCUAAAGCUGAAAUAAAUUAGAUCAGUUACCUAAAUAGUAGAUGCUGUAAAAGUGAAUCAGUCACCUAGAUAUUAUCUGGAACGCAUUGAAGGAAGAAAACAGAGGUUUAUUCAAUAAAGCAGGCGUUCACAGAAGAAAUUUGAAGUGGUUGCGGGUUCAACAGAAUUCAUUCAGCUCAAUGAAGGAUCAUCUCUGACAAGUUUCUUCGCUAACAAUGGCUGAGCUAUCCCUGCAUACUGCGUUCAUCAAGCAGGGGGACUUUGAAGAAUUGACACUAACUUGACCGUGCAUUAUACAGGGAUGCGGCGUGCAGCAGCUCACAGGCAUUGGACCUUCAAAAUAUAUAGUGAGGUCCAUUCGUUGAAAUGACAUCUUCCACUUUAGCCAAUAAAACUAUGGUGUGUGUAGAAUGGGUUUAAAAUGCAUUUU